AUGUCCUUGCCACACAAAAAGCCAUUAUCACUUCACACUAUACCUGUUGAAACAGUUUAUCGUAUCUUAGACAAUCUCUCUCAAUUAGAUAUUCUUCUUUCAAUGCAAAAUGUUUGUAGCCGACUUGAUGCGAUUCUGAAUGUCUAUUAUCGAUAUCAGAAAUUUACCGAAUUGAAAAUCAAUACGCGGAAGGAGAAUAAAGCAAAGCUCAAUCAUUUAGCAAAAGCGUUGAGAAAUAAUACCACUAUUACAAAACUAACGUACAGUUUCAAUAAUAUUAGUGAAACAGAAGGAAAACAUCUCGCACUUGCCCUUGAAAAAAAUACAACUCUAACUACCCUCAUUUUCAUUACUACGAAGUUCGAGGUAAAUGCGUUACGACAAUUAACUUUCGGAUUGCAGCGUAACAAAUCAAUAACUACAUUAGAAUUUCGUUCCAACAGACUCUUUUCCAAUGAAACAUAUCACCUCAUUGAAGUUCUACAAAACAAUACAGUACUAACUAAACUGAUUCUUGAGACAUAUCCACUCGAAAAGAACGAUACACAAUAUUUAGCUCAAAUACUUGAAAAUAAUAAGACUUUAACAUCUCUUCAUUUGGAAUGUAAUAAUAUCAACAGCGAAAAAAUAUUAUAUAUCACUAAAAUAUUACAAUCAAAUACAGCAGCACUUACGGAACUUCUUCUCAUUCGUAAUCCCAUCGGUACUCAAGGAAUUCAAUACUUGACUAAAGCUUUACAAAUCAAUCGAACUCUCAAAACUCUUCACUUAACAGGCAGCAAUAUUGACGAUCAAAGAGUUGAAAAUCUCUCACAUAUCAUACGUAAAAAUACAACAUUGACAACUCUCUUCCUUGAUAUCAAUAUAAUUACAGAUAUUGGUGUAAAAUUCUUAACAGAAGCUUUGUCAACCAAUCAAACAUUAACAACUCUCAAUCUUGGUCACAAUAACAUUGAUGAUCAUGGAAUUCAACAUUUGGCGGAAUUAUUAUCCGAAAAUAAUACACUAACGACACUGGAUAUUAGUGGUAAUUGCUUUGAUAUCUAUGGAAUUCAAUAUCUUUGUCGAGCAUUGCAGACAAAUAAGACAUUGAAAGUGAUCGAUCUAAGUGAAAAUACAAUUCAUCUUCUAAGUUUAAAGCAUUUAAAUCGUAUUAAUGGAAAAUUAACAGAAUAUUUAGGUUUAACUCUGCAGAUUAGCAAAACUUUGACAACACUUGAUCUUCAAAUGAAUCAAAUUGAUUGUGAAGGAGUACGGUUUCUUGCUGAACCAUUGGAAACAAAUUCAACACUUACUACUCUUCGUCUCGGAAGAAAUUCUAUUGGAAAUUCGGGAAUUCAAUAUUUAUCACGUGUAUUAAAGAAAAAUACAACACUGACUACACUUAAUCUUGAGAGAAAUUGUUUCACUCAUGAAGGAAUUCAGUAUUUGGUUGAUGGAUUAUUGAAAAAUACAACAUUAACAAUUAUUGAUCUUGAAGGAAAUAAAAUUGAUGAUCACGGUGCGGAACAAUUAGCCGAAGUCUUACAAAAGAAUACAACAUUAAUCGAGGUGAAUCUUCUAGCGAAUAACAUUGGUGAUGAAGGAACAAAUCAUCUUGUUGCAGCAGUGCAAUACAAUCGAAUGUUAAGAACAAUUCAUCUCACAUCAAAUGAUAUUCACAAUGUAAUACCAGUGGAUUUAGAUGAAUUUUUCAAUGAGAGAUUAUAUUCGAAGUUUUCAUAA